AGCACCAUCAAAGACCAGUUUUGCUUUGCUGCAUUUUGAGUGCAAAACUGCUGAAAUAUCACCCUCCAUGGUUUCUGCCCAUUUCAAGAAGCUAUCGUCUUAUAUCGUAAAGAUUUGCAAAGGAAUGUUUACAAAGAAACUGGCAAAUACCACAAAGAAGAAAGAGAGCAGCGAAAACAAAAAAGAGCCAAAAACCUCCCCAGAACUAUAUGCACGGAACCAAACAUUCUCAACCACAUUGAAAAGCACAGUCAAAAAAAUAUCUAAAUGCUCAUCAGCACGCAAUAUAUCUCUUGAGGAGGAGGAUGGAAAAAAUGACUGUUCCUCUCUCUCUCCAACAUUCAGUUAUCGUGUAGCAAUUGCCAAUGGACUACCCCAAAAUGCCCUCUUACUAAACAAUAAUGAAUUUCAUGAGGUCUUGUCAAUUAAAAGUGAUUACUCUGACUCCCUAAACGAGGCCAUACUUGUCCAUAGAUUCGAUGAACAAAAAGCUUAUACAAUGCCAGUAAGAAGGAAUAGGAAAAGCUUGAUUAGUCUUGCGCCCUCUGAUGGCAGCUCAGAGGGAGAGCGGGGAGAGCGUAGCAGUCUCCACACCCUUCGAUUAGGUGCUCUGAAAAAGUUGAGGAAAUGGAAGAAGAGUCAAGAAUGUGUGUCCUCGGAUUCCGAGGCGAGCAACUGGAGAAAGACUCUUGGCAUCAGGAGCAAAUCUCUGGACCGGGCUGGACGGCAACAGAAAACCACAACUCUGGAGCCAGGUUCCAGCUCAACAGGGUGUAUCAGUCAGACUCAGGAUGUGAUGGAGAUGAUCUUCAAAGAACUUCAGGGAAUCAGUCAGAUCGAGACUGAGCUCUCAGAACUGCGAGGGCACGUUAACGCCCUCAAAACCUCUAUCGACGAGAUCUCCAGCAGCGUAGAGGUUGUGCAGAGUGAAAUCGAGCAGCUGCGUUCAGGAUUCGUACAGUCCAGACGUGAGACUCGAGACAUCCAUGAUUACAUCAGACAGAUUAGCCAACAGACCAACAAAGCUACUCUAAGAUUUCUAAAUGUGCCUGAGGAGAAGUAUGAAAAAACCGAAGAGCUUAUUUAUCAGAUUCUGAAAGAGAAAAUGGGUUUCGCUGACGCACGCAAGACAUUUAAAAUUGAACUUGCCCAUCGACUAGGGCAACAAAGAGAAUGUUACAAUGCUAAACCUCGACCAAUUGUAGUUAUAUUUUCAAGCCCACAAGAUAGGGAUUUAGUUUUGAAAAAAUGUUAUAAGCUUAAAGGGACUGGCAUAUCAAUCUCAACUGAUAGUCUAGCACAUGAUUCAAAAGAAAGGAAGGACAAGCUGAUAGCCUCCUCACAAACUUAUGAAAGCAUGGAUAUCAAGGUUUCAGCUAAAGAUAAGGCUGAAAGUGAUGACUGGGACUCCAUGGAAAGUGACAAAGAGCUAGAUGAAUUAAAUAAGAACAAAUAUGCAAUUGUGUCCAAACCACCUCAAAAAAGUAAAUCGGACAAGAAAAAGUCUCAUGAUCACCAAAGGUUGGCCGAUGACACAGCAUACUCCGUGCACUAUGCGGAUAAUACAGCGUACGAUGACCCUGACAAGCAAAGCAAGUCUUACUACUCUGACCUAACACCUGGGUGGCUGUCUCAGAGUGAUUACUCCACUCCUAAACUCAGUCGGUCUGAAUCGGACUGUUCUAAACUUUGCCAGUCUUACUCAGAAGACUUCUCAGAGAGUCAGUACUUUAGCAGGGUCAACGGUUGCUCCCUGCUCUCCUCCUCGGAUCAGGAACUUUGGCAAAGGAAACAAGAAGACAUGGCAUCCUCCUGGUACGCUAGUCCUCCCAGUCAAACUCUCAGCCAAGAGCAACCUUAUGUGGAACAUAAUGAAGUUGAAACGACAGAGACUAUCGACAGCGGUGUAAGUAAUGGUCUUGUUUGUAUAUCAGGGGACAGGAGCCAUUACAGUGGCUCUCAGCUGUCUCUACAGGGUGACCUCUCACCAUGGAAAGACUGGCAUAACCUCGAACAAGGUGCUGAUUCAGGUUUGGAUGCCUCAACUGAACAGAACAUAAUCUCAGAGAUCAGUAGCCCAUUUGACCCUUCAGCUAACCCUGGUUUCCCUGAGAAAAUUACAAAAUGCCUUGAGGUUGAUUUGCAAUUUGAAGGUGAGACCUUCUUGACACUAGAUAGCACUCCUGAGACAGGCCAAGACCAAUAUAUAGAUAUAGAACCUGAACUUGUUCUAGAACCUGAGCCAGAACCAGAACAAGUACCACAACCCGAACCUAAGCCAGAGGUUGUGAUUGAACCCAUAUCAAAACCAGUAACUACUCCUGUGACCGAACAACAGCCAGAAAAGAAGCCGAAGACCAAGAAGGUCCAUGCUAAACCUGAAUCAGCUCCUCAAACUCUGCAACGACAUGAGGUCAGCGUGAACCACCUCCAACAGAAUCAGAAAUCUUCAUCUAUGUACCGCAGUCAGAGUGAGAUCAGGAAUGAGAAAGUGGAGGAAGUCCCUCAAUCCUGGAGUAGUAGGCUCAGUAUAGACCUCAGCGAGAAAACUUUCAGCUUUGGAUUUGGAUCCACCCUACAAAGAGCUAAGUCGGCUUUGGAUUUUGUCUGGAAUAAAGGUUCCCAGAGCAAUAGUGCUCCAGUUGAAGAACCGAGCAACACCUCGUUUAUGGGCAGGUUCAGAACCAUGUCCCAGUCCACUGCAAAUAGCUCCAGCACAACUAUUGACUCUGAUGUCUACACAGAACCUUUCUAUUACAAGGCAGAGGAAGAAGAACAAGCCAGUGAAAAACCUGUUGACAAUGAGACACAUUAUGUUGAGGUAAUGGAACAAGUGCUGGCGAAUCUUGAAAACCGAACAAACGCCAACGAGGCUGAGGAGCAGUUCCAAGAAGAAGAGUUCGACGUCUCACAAGAAUACGACAUCUCGCAAGAGGGUAAUCCUAUUCUGGAAUAUGACUGCAGCCUUGAUGAGCAAUAUGAUGAGGAAUACAGUGAGGAGUAUGACGACAAUCCCCUGACUGAAGACACGGUGGAGUACGAAGUGAGUAUGGUGGAGUAUGUCGAAGAAACUGAAGAACUGGAAGAAGAACCUGAAGAGCAGGAAGAGGGAAAAGAGCAGGCACAGGAGGGUCAAGAAACAAUGGAAACAAAAAUAGCAGAUGAGAUAAAAGAGAUAGUUGAACAAGAGGACGAGAACAAAAAUGUUACAGAGGUUCCUGUGGAGCCAGCACCACCCAAAAAAAGGAUACGGCCCACCUUCAAAGAGGCAGCUCUGAGGGCUUACAGAAAGCAGAUGGCAGAGCUAGAACAGCAAAUCCUGGCAGGAGACAGCACAGCUCUGGAUACAGAGGGAUGUGCAAAUAUUCUGGAUCCAGCCAAACUGGGGCUGACUGGUGGUGGGGUUGGCAGUAUACUUUAUGGCAUUGACAGCAUGCCAGAUUUACGCCGAAAGAGGACCAUGCCUAUUGUACGAGACCUGACUUUGGCUGCUCGAAAGGCAGGCAUUGCAUUUGGCCUCGUGAACAGAUCGACUCUAAACAACGAGGAGCUGAAACUGCAUGUGCUGAGAAAGACCCUGCAGGCAUUGAUCUAUCCCAUCUCCUCCACGACACCCCAUAAUUUCGAGGUGUGGACAGCAACCGCUCCAACCUACUGUCACGAGUGUGAGGGACUGCUAUGGGGUAUCGCCCGGCAAGGCAUGCGCUGCACAGAAUGUGGGGUUAAAUGUCACGAGAAAUGCCAGGACCUUCUGAACGCAGACUGUCUUCAGCGUGCAGUGGAGAAGAGCUCGAAACACGGAGCCGAGGACAAAACCCAAAACAUCAUUAUGGCAAUGAAGGAACGGAUGAAGAUCAGGGAGAAGAACCGACCCGAGGUUUUCGAGGUGAUCCAGGAGAUGUUUCAGCUCUCAAAGGAAGAUUUCACCACCCAUCUGAAAACAGCCAAACAGGCCGUGCUGGAGGGGACGUCCAAGUGGUCUGCCAAGAUUACCAUCACAGUGUUGUGCGCUCAAGGUUUACAAGCCAAGGACAAGACGGGCUCCAGCGACCCUUAUGUCACGGUACAAAUUGGAAAGACUAAACGCAGGACCAAAACUGUUUUUGGCAAUCUCAACCCCAUCUGGGAUGAAAAGUUCUUCUUCGAGUGCCAUAACGCCACAGAUCGUAUAAAGGUCCGUGUAUGGGAUGAAGAUGAUGACAUAAAAUCCAGAGUGAAGCAGCAUUUCAAGAAGGAAUCUGAUGACUUCCUAGGUCAAACCAUCAUCGAGGUGCGGAUGCUGAGUGGAGAGAUGGACGUUUGGUACAAUCUUGAGAAAAGAACAGAUAAGUCAAUGGUGUCUGGGGCCAUCCGACUGAAGAUCAGCGUUGAGAUGAAAGGAGAGGAGAAGGUUGCUCCACCCCACAGCCAGUACACAUGUUUACACGAGAAUCUCUUCCAUUACCUGACGGAGGUGAAGAACAACGGAGCGGUGAAGAUUCCAGCGGUCAAAGGUGAUGAUGCGUGGAAGGUUUAUUUUGAUGACGUGUCUCAGGAGAUAGUAGACGAGUUUGCGAUGCGUUUUGGUGUGGAGUCCAUCUACCAGGCCAUGACUCAUUUCUCGUGUCUCUCAUCAAAGUACAUGUGUCCCGGCGUUCCCGCGGUGAUGAGUAACCUGCUUGCCAACAUUAAUGCCUAUUUCGCUCACACUACCACGGCAACCACCAAUAUCUCUGCCUCCGACCGUUUCGCUGCAUCUAACUUUGGGAGAGAGAAGUUUGUUAAACUCUUGGAUCAGCUGCACAACUCUUUGAGGAUCGAUCUCUCCAAGUAUCGAGAUAAUUUCCCAGCAGGAAAUCCAGAAAGACUCCAGGACCUGAAAUCAACCGUCGACCUGCUUACGAGCAUCACCUUUUUCAGGAUGAAGGUGCAGGAGUUGCAGAAUCCUCCCAGAGCCAGUAUGGUUGUAAAAGACUGCGUGAAAGCAUGUUUGGACUCCACGUACAAGUACAUCUUUGACAACUGCCAUGAGCUUUACAACCAACUAUUGGACCAGGCUAAGAAGCAGGAUUUACCACGGGAAGAACAGGGCCCAUCUAUUAAGAACCUGGAUUUCUGGCCCAAACUGAUCACGCUGAUGGUGUCUGUUAUAGAUGAGGACAGAACAGCUUACACACCCAUCAUUAACCAGUUCCCUCAAGAACUGAACAUGGGUAAAAUUAGUGCUGAAAUCAUGUGGAACCUCUUCGCUAUGGAUAUGAAGUACGCAAUGGAGGAACACGACAAGCAUCGCCUAUGCAAGAGCACAGAAUACAUGAAUUUGCACUUCAAAGUCAAAUGGUUCCACAAUGAGUAUGUUCGAGACCUGCCGGCCUUUAAAGGAAUUCCCCCAGAGUAUUCCCUGUGGUUUGAGCCUUUUGUUAUUCAGUGGUUGGAUGAAAAUGAAGAUGUAAGCAUGGAUUUCCUUAAUGGAGCUCUGGAGAGAGAUAAAAAAGAUGGGUUCCAGCCAACAUCAGAACAUGCUCUCUUCUCCUGCUCGGUGGUGGAUGUUUUCACACAGUUGAAUCAAAGCUUUGAGAUAAUCAAGAAGCUGGAAUGUCCGAAUCCACAAGCCCUCGCUCACUUCAUGCGCAGAUUCGCAAAGACCAUAAACAAAGUUCUUCUCCAGUAUGCGGCGAUCAUCUUGAAAGACUUCAGCAACCAUCUGAGCAAGGAGAAAGUGCCCUGUAUCCUCCUGAACAACAUCCAACAGCUCAGAGUUCAACUGGAGAAGAUGUUUGAGUCCAUGGGAGGAAAACAGGAAGGCGCUGUGGUCUUCUGCAAGCUGGAUGCUGAAGCCAGUGAUCUACUAAAAGAACUGCAGAAUAAACUGAACACAGUGCUGGACAAGCUCAGCGGGGUCUUCGGCUCCAGUUUUAAGCCGGUCAUUGAGGACUGCAUCAAACAAAUGAACCAGGAGCUGGUGCAGAUAAAAGGAAAUCCAGGAAACAAGAGCAAUGCUGCCAUGGAUGCAGAAACUGUCCUGAGACCACUCAUGGACCUCCUGGACAAGAACUUGAUUCUGUUUGCUAAGAUCUGCGAGAAGACGGUUCUUAAACGAGUUCUGAAGGAGCUGUGGAAAAUUGUCCUCAACACUAUUGAGCAACAGAUCAUUCUUCCUCCACUGUCAGAUCAGACACAAGGAGCUCAGAUGAUCUUCAGUGCUGCAAAGGACUUGGGUCAACUCUCCAAGCUGAAGGAGCAUGUGAUCCGGGAGGACGCUCGGAGUCUGAGUCCUCGGCAGUGUGCUGCCAUGGAUUUAGUGCUGCCCACCAUCAAGCAAUAUUUCCAUGCAGGGGGAAAUGGUUUGAAGAAGACUUUCCUGGAAAAGAGUCCCGAUCUGAAGUCCUUGAAAUACGCCCUCAGCCUUUACACUCAACCCACAGAUGCCUUGAUCAAGAAAUAUAUAUGCACCCAGACCUCUCAAGGUCAGUCAAAUUCUGGAUCCGUUGGCGAAGUCGCUGUCCAGGUGGACUUGAUCUCACACCCCGGUACUGGAGAACACAAAGUCAGCGUGAAAGUUGUGGGUGUGAACAACAUUAACUGGCAGACGAACGCCAUGUUCCGCCCGUUUGUGGAGAUCAACGCCAUCGGACCACACCUAGCUGACAAGAAACGCAAGUUUAGCACCAAAACCAAGAACAACAACUGGUCUCCAAAAUACAAUGAAACAUUCCAGUACGUUCUGAGUAACGAGCAUGGCCCAGAAGCCUACGAGCUUCACAUCUCCGUGAAGGACUACUGCUUUGCCCGAGAGGACCGUAUCAUCGGCAUGACGGUCUUGCAGCUCAGAGAACUGGCUGAAAAGGGCAGUUUGAACACAAGCUAUCCGCUCAUCAGGAACGUAACGAUGGACGAAACUGGUUUGACCAUUAUGAGAAUACUCUCACAAAGGACCAAUGACGAUGUGGCCAAAGAGUUUGUACGUCUUAAAUCAGACACACGGUCAGCCGAGGAAGUGUCGUAAAAAUAAU